UGAUAAGUAAACUAAGUGUUACACCCUGAAAUAAUUGUCCUGAAAUCGAAGGCGUCUUGCCGACUCGUGCCCAGAUUAGCGGGAACGUAUGGCGACAAGCUAUUGCUUGUACGUUAAUUUUAAUUAAUACCUUACGACAAUAUAAAUCGAAAGCGUAAAAAAACUGGCUAAACUUAGUAAUAAAUCCAAAAAUCUCAGUUCGUUAUCAAUAUAUCCAACAAUAACAAUACCAACCUUUUACAAUACUUUAUCCUUGAUUCGAAUACGGUGAGAUGAUACAUUAUGUUUGUGUUUAACUAUGCCUCAGAAAUGUCCUAAAAUCGCAUAAAACCUGAUUAACUUACUAACAUCAACAGAUUAACUCUCUCUGGCUGGGCCGGGCGUCAAAUGGGAGCAUGCUUUACACACGUAAGUGAUCCUCUGGCUGAGCACUUGUUUGAGGCGUAAUCUUCCCAGUUCGCAAAGAGUUUUGCUUGCAGGUUUGGAUAUGUGCGGCGCUGUACUCCCUGCAGUUUCCGGGUGUUGACAAGGUGAACUUGCACGGUACAGAUGGCGGACUCACGGGCUCUCACGAUACAGCAGCUGAAUAAACAAGUACAGCAGGACAAUAUUUUAUGAGUACUUAACGGGGUAUGUUUUAAACAAACGUUUACGCUGAAACGUUGGAACUUCAGACCGUAAUUUCCAUCGGGCGACAUCGGGCGACAUGACUAAAAAUUUCAGGCGACCUGGCUGUAGUCUCGGACGAGGUGACCUCGGCCAACAUGACUCUCGGGCGACAUGACAGGUUACCACGGGUACGCGUGUGAGUGCACGUACACUCGUACAGUUUCAAUAAACACGUGCUCUUCGUGAGUAUUCUCAGGCUCGCAUAAGCCCAUACUUAGCCCGUGCCGCUCGCACACAAAUGCGCAAAUGGCUUGUACCAUUUAAAUUUCUGCCCGCCCUAGUGUCCAAGCCUGAUAGCGUAGUAGCCGGUGACCAGUUGCUUUUAAAUGUUCAAAGCUUUUAUGAUAUCUCUUCGGUAUUGCCGUGCCACAAUAAAAAGGCGUGACUUUCACUGACACAUAGAUUUACAAUCACUGGAUAUCUUGGCAGGAUAAUGAGGCAAGUGGCGCAUAUAUCCUUUGUAUUGGUAUUCCUGGCGACUGGCAUUCAGUCUCGCCCUUUGGAUGAACGUAAAAGUAACGGACACCCAACCGACCCAGGAUGCUCCCCUCCUCGCUGUCUUCACGAGUCAAAAUGCUAUGCCGAUGGGGAAGAGAUGAGCAGAAGAUCUGACGGGAGUGGUGGGUGCCACGGCCUCCUUUGUAGCCAUGGCCAAAGUGUUGCAUGGGAUGACUUCAACUGUGGUCAAGCUACAACUGUGCCUGCAACAACACCAGGUGGUUGUUUUAAAGAGGGAGUUUGGUACCCCAAGGGAAGUGAGAUAAGUCGAGGAUCGGACGGCCAAGGAUGGUGCUAUGGGGAGAUUUGUGGCGAUGAUGGAAAAGUACAGUCAUGGGACGACUUUCAUUGCGAUCGAACUACAACCGAACAACCAACCACUGUGAUCUCCACAACCUACCCAUCUACCCCUACCCCCACACGCAAAGGGUGCUACUAUGAUGGUGCUUGGUACCCACUAGGAAGUUACAUCCGUAAUGAGUCAAAUGGCCAAGGAUGGUGCUAUGGAUUGUAUUGUGACCAUCAUAGUGGGAUCAUUGUAUACGAUAACUUUAAUUGUGACCCAAGUAUCACUCCUAGACCUACCACUAUCCCAUUGGGUUGUCUCCAAAAUGGCAUUUGGUAUCCACCAAGCAGCGACAUCAGUCGAGGAUCAGAUAGCAAUGGAUGGUGUUAUGGACAGUAUUGUGACGAAAAUGGCCACGUUGUAGCAUGGGAUGACUGGAAUUGUGGCCCAGUGACCACAACUGAAACCCCUAGCUCAACCCCUUCCCCACCUCCUGCCCCAACCCCUUCCACUUCUGCUACUACUACCCCACUAGGUUGUCUACAAAACGGCAUUUGGUAUCCACCAGGCAGUGAGAUAACCAGAAAAUCAGAUGGUAAUGGAUGGUGUUAUGGACAGCUUUGCGACCAGAAUGGACAGGUUGUGGCAUGGGAUGACUGGAAUUGUGGCGAAAUGACCAUAACAGAAACCCCUAGCUCAACUCAUUCCACUACUCCUACUCCAUUAGGUUGUCUACAAAAUGGCGUUUGGUAUCCGGCAGGCAGUGAGAUCAGCCGAGGAUCAGAUGGAGAAGGCUGGUGUUAUGGAGAAUAUUGUACUCGUGAUGGUAAGCUCCAGCUAUGGGAUGAUUUCAAUUGUAAAACUUCCCCGCCAACAACUCUCCCUACAACUUCGCCCAAAGGGUGUUACUAUGAAGGCAAAUGGUACCAAACUGGCAUCUUUGAAGGAACUAAUGUACGCGGGUGUAGAUAUGGAGCACAGUGUGGUUUGAAUGGCCAAGUGACAAGAUGGGAAGAAUUUGAUUGUCGGCUCUAAUUAUCAACUGCAAUGUCGUGCUUGGCCAAAUAAAUACAACCAUGCAUUUUAACACUGAUUUUGCUAACUCUUUUAAAAAAGGAAAGAAAUCUUUGAUUCAAGAAUUGAAACACGUUGUAAUGUUUGGCUUCCUAACCUCUUGUAAAUGUGACCCUAAAUUCUUAGUCUGUGAAUUACAGUGAUCAUUUAAUUAAAGCUGUUAGGCAGUAGAUGUGCUUUCAAAUACUGUUGAUUUUUCAAGCUAGUUCCAAAAUUUAUGUCUAUAUCUAUAUAUCGAAGGUAGAUUGGAUAAAAAUCUAAUGCGUGAAAAUUUAUUAAAAGUUAUCGAGAA